GAAGCGUUACUACAGUGAGCUGAGGUGGACUUCUUCCUUUCAGUCAGUGUGACAGUCGAAGUGUAGUCCAACAUCUAGACUUUAGAGACUCGGUAACCUCUCUGACCAUCCUCCAGACCUCACAAUGAUUCGGUUAGCUGCUUUCCUCGCUGUCCUUGUGGUCGCCUGCUCGGGUAAGUCUCCGGGGAAGCGGUGGAUGAGAUUGACCGGGUUUGAGUGCUCUGUAAUGCUAAGAAGUCUUGUCCGGGAGCUACACCAAACCACUUCUGUUUGUGCUCUGUGUUGUGUGUGUAAAUUUCAGUCUACUACAGAUUAUAAAUAAGUGAGCUGUGUUUAUACUCAUCUCUGCUUUUCACUUCAUUGUGUUAGGGGAGAGCUGCACAGAGCCAGCGAUCACCCCGUCGGCCUACACCACAUCUGACGCCGUCAUCUCCUCCGAGUCUGUCUUCAUCGUUGAGCUCAGCCUGGCCUGUGCCAACGGAGCACAGGUAACUAUCCACCUACAGCACCUCAGACAAACACUGUGAUCAUGUAUUGAUGUUAUUGAUUGAUUGACCUAUUGAUGAUUGUAUUUGUCCUCUGUAGAGUGUGACUCUGUAUGCGGAUGUCAAUGGAAGACAGUUCCCUGUGACCAGAGGCCAGGACGUGGGCAAGUACCAGGUAUGGUGUAGAUCUGAUUAAGACAUGUUAUCUCAUUGUAUGUCCUCGUAAUAUUCAGUGUAAUUUGUAAUAUUGUCAGGCAAUAAAAGUAUAUAUUUUUGUCUUUUUCAUCUCCACUUUUACAUGUUAGCCUAUACAACAAGGUGCCUCUCACUCAUUAUAAAUGUCGUCAGCAGUCAUGACAAACAUGCUUGACAAAAUGUGACAUCUCUCCCUCAGGUAUCUUGGAGUCUUCCUCACAAACAGGCCAGCUCUGGGACAUAUCAGGUCAAAUUCUUUGAUGAAGAGUCCUACAGCGCCCUGCGAAAGGUGAGUGUUUGAUGCUUUCUUUCUCAACUAUUUGUUUACAGCAAGUUGGGCCUCAUUUAUUGUGGUGUGUGCAGUCUUUGUAAGGAGAAGCUGUUUGAUUUCAAUUCAAUAUGAUUUUAAUCUCAUUUGUUUCAGGCCCAGAGAAACAAUGAAGAUGUCAAUGCCAUUGAGCCUCUCUUCUCUGUCAACAUUGACCACAGGGUGAGUCUCUAGAGACUGUGACAGACAUAAUCAUGGUCACAUUGGCUUUAUAAAAUUAAGUAAACACCCAUGAAUAACAGCAGCAUAGAUCAUUUCAUUAACUGAUUGAGAUGAGUCCAGAUUUGAGUAUUUCUAAAUGACUUUGCCCUAGUUUGUCUUUCUUGCACAAAUUCUUGGAUCCCAAAUCAAGUUUCGAAAUUAACCCUUUGCUGUCAUCUACAUGCAGCUACUUCCAUUUAAAAGAAAAAAAAAACUAACUUAAAUUACACAUUAAAGAUCUUAUUGCAUUAAUCCAAUAAUUCCAGGGAGCAAUCAGUAACAUAGUGCCCAGCAACAAGGUGCUGUAUUUAUUUUCCUCAUUUACUAAAGAUGAAAUCAGCUAGAAGGCACUCAGUAUUCAUGGCCAGAAACACAAACCCUAGUUGUCUUAUUGGUGAAUAGGCUGUAUUCAGUUGUUAUUUCCAAUGCUCAUUAGUCUGUUGUUCUGAUCACUCAAACCCCUAACAUUACGUGUCACACUCACCCAUUUACACCACAGUUAUAAACUGAUGGCAGAGGCUGUUGAUAUUAGGCAUCAGUAAAAUCUAAUCCCAAUCGUACACUGCCAUCUAGGGCUGAACAAUUAUGGCAAAAAUGAUAAUCAUGAUUAUUUUGACUGAUACUGAAAUCACGAUUAAUGAACACGAUUUACAUUGAUUUCAAGACUUGAGUAUGAAUUGAACCAACAAAACUUAACUUUAAAUAUAACUUAUAAGAACAGCCAGAAAUAAAUUAGUAACAAGUAAACAAGUAAAAAAAUAAAAAUAACAAUAGUCAAUUAAUGUAAUGAUAGCAAUAAAAACAAUAAACAAAAAUAAUUUCCCAAUCUACAUGCACUCCUGCAAAACUUGCAACAUGCGAAAAAAAACCCACUAAUUUCACAGACAAAAAACUAAAGACUCUUUAAAGGUUUUUCAAAAACCUUUUUUUUUAAAAAGCAAUACUUCCUCAGCCGACCUCCCUGCAGUUUGCCUCCUACAAACUCAGGUUUUUUGGCUCGGAACACCAGUCUCUUGACUUGGUCUGGUUUUAGUGAUGAACAAAGGCAAGUAACAACAAUGCUCCGUUAUCACCUGUCUAUCACCAAAGACCACUUUAUGACUACACAUUAAGUAACUGAAUAAGUUCAGUGUUUCCCCCAGGAUGGGGCAUGCUGGGAUAGGCAUGUGGAAAGAGGGGCCAGGAUUCAACCUCUCAACCUGUGAUUGAAAGAUGAUCGACUCUGCUACUGAGUCACAGCUGCCCAUUAUAAUGUGACAGGGAUACCAGACAUUUUCUAAUGCAUAACUCCAAACACCUUCGUAAAAAAACAAAGAUUCUUUUGUGGUUAUCUCACAUGUGGCAUCAAGAGACAAAUUCAAGAGCUGCUUCAUAUGAGCAACGAUCACUCACAUCUGUUGACAUUAAACCAGCCAAACAUACUGGGUUUUGUUGGGAAAGAUACAUUUUGAGAAGCCCGGCUAAAUUCCAGUUUUUAUGAAAAAAAUAUUUUGGGAAUCCCACAGAGACGGUCUGUAGGUCAAUAGCUUAGGGCUACAGAGGUGCUGGUAUGUAGGUGCUAUUUUUGCUUCUUUCCAUGAGCAGCUUGUUUUGACGUACUUCUUCCAUUUUUUUGUGCAUUAAACUAAUAAAGGCAAAUAUUAUCAAAGAAUUACAUUAUAGGCUCAAUUGGAAGCAUGUGAAUAGCUGUAGUUAGUGUUUGUGUUCUGCUCCAGCUGUUCAAUCAUACAUGUUUCUCCCAGGCUCAGUGUUUCCCUAAGAUGCUAUGAAUUCACUUCAACAUACCCAGACCGUCUUUACAUAAACUUGCUUCAACUCUCAGGCUCUCAGGCUUUUGGAGGGUCAUUUGUCACAAAAAGGAACAAUCAGUAUCUAUUUACAUCAGAGUGAUGUUAUCAGAAGUAUACUGAUUAUAUAAGAGUUCUGCUUCAAAUAGUAGCAGCAGAUGAGGACAGAAGGAAGCUGCAGAGACUGAUUGUGUUGAUGUGUUAGGUAAAUAAUUAAUUUAAAACAAAAAACACUUUUGGUGCCACUUGUAUAUUUCCAAUGAGACAACUACAUAAAGUACAACUCUGAGAAAUUGACCAUGACACACAAUGUGCAACACUUGUAGUGCGCACCCCACAUUCAAAAGCCAUAGUCUUCAUUGCAGUGGUUUCUGGUUUAUCUCCCAGCCUUGAUUGUUUGUCAUAUGUCUCCCCCUUCUCUGUAGUUCCCACAUUUUUUGUCUCUUUACUGUCCUGUACAAUAAAAGCACAAAUGCCCCAGGCUAGAGGCUAAAUCACUGUACUCAACAGACCUAGCUAUUACCUCUCUCACGUAAGAUUGAAAUGACAAGAUAUUUGCUCACCUCUCUUCCAUUCUGAACUUUUCUCUGCAGGGUGCAUGGAACGGGCCAUGGGUGUCCACUGAAGUGGUUGCUGCCCUCAUUGGUAUCCUCGUCUACUACAUGGCCUUCAGUGCUAAGAGCACCAUCCAGGCAUAAAGGGUCCCUUUAAGAACCACUGGAUCAUUAAAGACUGAAAUCUGGUGGCACUCAACCAAUGUGCUGUAAUCCAGUGAUGUGGCAAACAAUAAGACCCGCCUCCUGGUCUGCCACGGGAUGAGGAGCAAGACCUGCAGUCGUUUUUAAUUUCCUUUUUAUUCAGACUGUGUCUGUUUGGCAUCUCUUUUUUUUCUUUUACAGGUGAAUUUCUACAUGAGUGAGGCCUGUCCAUGUGGACAGACUUUUGAAAAACAAUAAACCUGGACAGCAUUACAAACAAAUUUCGAUCAUGUGCUGUAAUCAGCCCUGUUUAAAGUUGGUUGCGCCAUCCAAACCAGACUCGGUCCCUCUGUGUGGACUCUCUGGUCAGACUGGAACUUGUACAGAUGUCCUGAACACAAACAGAGUGAGGUCAUGACCUCAAUGUAAAUGAAAUGUCAGUGUGACUGCACAGGCUGAUCUGAACAGGCCUGGUGUGUUUGUCUCUUCCACUAAAUUGAAUAAAUGGCUUGUUUUUCCUCCAGUG